AUGGCCCCAAUGCUCGAAUUCCGCACGCAGGGCUACAACCCGUACGCCGUCAAGUACUCGCCCUACUACGACUCGCGCAUCGCCGUCGCAUCGUCGGCCAACUUUGGCAUUGUCGGAAACGGGCGAGUCUUCUGUCUAGGUCUGACGGCCCGCGGCAUCGAGGUUGAGACGACGUUCGACACAAACGAUUCACAAUAUGACCUCGCCUGGUCCGAGAUCAACGAGAACCAGCUCGUCGUGGCCUGCGGCGACGGCUCGAUCAAGCUCUUCGACCUCGGCGUCAAGGACUUUCCCGUCAUGAACUUCCACGAGCACAAACGCGAGACGUUCUCGGUGAAUUGGAGCCCGAUCACAAAGGACACCUUCGUGUCGAGUUCGUGGGACGGGACGAUCAAGCUCUGGUCACCGACCCGCGAGCACUCCCUCCGUACCCUCCCCGUCGGAAACUGCACGUACAGCGCCUCGUUCCAACCCUCGAACCCGCACAUCAUCUCCGCCGUCUCCUCCGACUCCCAGAUCCGCAUCUUCGACCUCCGCACCCCGGCCUCCUCGCGCUACCACCUGACCUCCAUGAUCCCCGUCCACGCCGCCGGCCCCUCCUUCCCCUCCGCCGCCCCCGCCGAGGUCCUCACCCACGACUGGAACAAGUACCGCGACACCGUCAUCGCCACCGGCGGCGUCGACCGCGCCGUGCGCACCUUCGACAUCCGCAACCCCACCGCGGGGCCCGUCUCCGUCAUGCAGGGCCACGAGUACGCCGUCAGGAGGCUGGCGUGGAGCCCGCACGCCGCGGACCUGCUGCUCACGGCGAGCUACGACAUGACGGUCCGGUUGUGGGAUGAUAGGUCGAGCGCGCCGCCCGCCGGGCCCGGUGGCGCGCAGGUCGGGGCGCAGGUCGGAAUCAUGAAUAGGCAUACCGAGUUCGUCGUCGGCGUCGACUGGUGCUUGUUCGGUGCCGGGGGCUGGGUGUCAACGGUGGGGUGGGAUGAGAGGGUCUUGUUAUGGGAUGCCAAUGCUCUCUUGGCGGGCCGGUGA